AUGUUUUGGCAAUUAAAAUUUCAUCCGGAAAGUAAAGAUCAUAACGAAUAUUGCGCACUUUGGCUAAUAGCGUUACCAAACCCAUUGGAAAAAUCACCCGUGUGGGGUUUUACGAAAUUUUGUAAGAAGGAUCGAUUACCAAAAGAAGGGGAAAUAACGAUUGGGGUUCGAUUUAACAAAGUAAAAUAUGAGACCGAAAAGAUUGCCACCCCCCUCCCUUCUCAACCACUACCCCAAGAUCUAUUAAAAGCUUGGAAAUCGGAAUUGGAUCAACCCGAAAUUUCUGAUGUACAAUUUAAUUUCAAUGAGGGAACUUUAUACGCUAGGAGCACGAUAUUAAUUGAACGUUCGGAAUAUUUCAAGUGCAUGUUUCAACAAGAUAAAUGGUCCGAAUCAAAAUUUACCACAAAGUCUUUGAUACCUUCAUCGAUGCAAAUAACCCAAGCCAAAUCGUGCACCUCAACGAAACGAUCGUGGAAUCUCCUUGAUGUCUCGUUUGGGAGAAUGAAAAAAGUUGAGGAUUUAUUUUCAAUGUAUCGUAAGAUGAAAUCACACCCAUCACAACCGAUGGCAACCAUAACGUCAUCAUGUGGAAACACCUGCACGAUAGUGUAUGAAGGUGAAAGUUCCAACUCCAUAAACGUUCCAAAGAGAUAUGUGGUAAACGUAAGUGAUUUUCAUCCUGAUACAUUUAAAUCCAUGUUAAAAUUUCUAUACACGAAUCAAAUAGAAUUUUACUCGAAUUCGUUACACAGACGACCAAUAGACAUAUUUGUAAUGGCUGAUAAAUAUUUAAUAACGGAAUUAAGGGAUCGUGCCAAAUCUAAAAUCUUAAAGGAUUUAAAACCUGAUAGUGCCGCUGAACUGUUAUUUAACACAGAAUGGUUAUGGCCCGAUGUGAAAGAUAUGAUCAUGAGCUAUGUCGUAAGGAAGUGGGAAAUGGUUAGGGAAACCGACAAAUUUAGAGAAAUAUUGGAGAAACCUCAAGCUUAUCCUAAUUCUAAAGAAAUCGUUGAAGAAAUAAUUGAAAGGGUUAGAAAGAAUGACGAGGAAAAAAAAAAGCUUCUGGAUGUUGUUGUUGUCGAGUAA